UAUAUAUAUAUAUAUAUAUAUAUAUUUAUUUAUUAUCGUUGUAUCUAACUUUCGAUUUUUCUGCUAAAUGCAUAGCUUAUAUGUUGAUUUCUAAUUAAUUUAUACUAUUAGAUUAUUGCGGAUUUCGAUAUUUAAUUUAAUUAGUAUUUAUUGGUACUUGUAAAAAUUAUAUCAAAAAAUAUAAGAAACAUGAAAACUAAAAUAACUGUACUAUUACAGGAUGGUAAGAUUAAAUAAUUAAAGAUUUAGAUAUUAUGUAUAUUGAAAGUAAUUUAUGAUAAGAUAAUGAUAAUAGGCACUCGUUUUUCGUCUAAAAUUAUGUUCUCUAAAUACUACAUAUUUUUAUAUAGAGCUUAUAUUAAAAUUAAAUGUAGUAAAGGUUUUUUUGUAUAUGAGCAUGUGAUUUGUGUCAGUUAUCUUACUAAUAUAAUAAAACUGUAUAAUAACUAGGUCAUGUCUGUACAGUAAAGAUUUUUAAUAAAAAAAAAAUAUGGAAGGAAAAGAAGCUAAAACAAUAAUUUAGAGAUUUUUUUCUGUCUCUAUUUUUUUCCGGCAUCACGCAUAUACUACUGCGCCAAAUUGAAUUAACUUUUUACAGUUGUGUUCGUAAAGAUCUAGUUUAAAAACUGGUUUUUAUUUUAGCUUUGAUACGUCAUUUAGGUUACCUACUUCUAAAAUUUACACGAACGAUAUUACGACUAAUUUUAAUACCAAAGUGGUAAUCUAAAGAAUGUACAUAUAGCAUCAAAUCGUACGUGUAUUGGGUUGUGAGAGGGAAGAUGACAAUUAUAUUACUAAAAUAUGUACAGUACUAAAAAGUACCUAAAUUGAAAGUAUUACUCUAUGUUAAACUUAUCUACAUUCAUGUUUAUUAAUAUGAAGUAAUGAUGCAAAUUCUUUAGUACUAUUAAUUAUAAAUUAACAAUAAAACGUACGUCUUUUUUUACUAUAUAUAAAUACAGUCAGAUGAUAGUAGUUCCAGUUUCGAAUUAUUAAAUUAGUUUUUUUUUUGUAUAUUAGAGUCGACACCAAUAGCAAUAGGUACUACUUUAUUUAUUAAAAAUAAUAUUAUCGUAAUUAGAAUAUAGUGGUAGAUAGGUAAGUCUAAUAAAUUUUUGUCAGACAUAAAAAUUGUUACGUGAUUGAAGAUUUGCUAAAAUAUGAAGGAAAAUUGUCGAUAUAUUUUUUUUUCAAAAAUUACUGUAUGUCAGCAUUAGAUUUAUAUAUAAAAUGCUAGAUUAUAAUGUGUUGAUGUAUAUAGUUAAGUCCUAGUUUAUUAUUAAAGGUUUGUUUUACAAAUUUUUAAUAAAUUCGUGUGGGCCGAAAUUAUUGUUCAUUGUGAUUUACAAAGUGUGAUAAAAUAAGUAUGACACUUCUGCCUGUGUUUACAAUGACCUAUAACAUAUUAUAAAAAGCUUAUUUGGACAAGGGGCAGCAUUGACGUGAGUUUGCUCCAUUAAAAUUGGACGCAUAAAAUUCGUCCACUAGUCAAUGGUAAAUCAUUGGCAGAUACAACGAGGAAUUAAAUAUGCGAGGAUAAACGACUAAAUGAGUACAACAUAUUAAUGGCGCUAUCUAAUUUAUUUCAAACAAGUCUUUUAAUAUCGAUAGAUGUACGGAAGGAAGUAAUGAAAUGAAUCUAUCGGUAGACAUGUCAUCGCUUCCGAAUGCAUGAGAAAAUGAGACCGCUACGUAUAUCUUGUGCUUUCUUAUGCACACGUUGACGGAAAGACUUCAACAAUAGAUUCAUUUGACAGUUAUCUAGGAGGGUCAUUGUGUAACAUGCGAAGCGAAUAGAAACAUACGCGUAUUUUUAAAACAUUUUUAAUAUAAUUGCCAUUAAUCUUUUCAUUAUUCUACUAUUGAAAUUCAUGAACAUUAAUAUACUAUUCGUUAAUAUUUUUUACAUGAAGCAAAGCUACUAUUUUUUCAAUAAUGCUAUGUAAAACAGUUUUGAGCAUGUAUUUACUUGUUUCUUUUUUUUCAAUACACUUACCCUAAUGUGAUGAUAUCACAUAAUUUGUAUAUCGAGGUAGUAUAUUUUAGUUGAAUUUUUUAAUUGAUAUGCAUAAGUUUGGAAUAUUAUAAUUUUAAUUGUGUGAACUCAAGUGAAUGAAAGAUAAUGAUGCUAAGUAGUUUAAAAGUUAGAACUGGCAGGUAGGUACCUACUGUUGUAUAUAUAUUAUAGGCGUGUUCGUGGUCGUGGCGUGGCAAUCGAUCGAUCGCGACUAUUAGUCCAGUCGAUCGUGGCAAGGCAAAAAAUAUAAUAUUUUGCUAUUCUAGUGGAAGAUGCUCAGACGCAAUGUUCAUGCUAAUAUAAAUAAGUAGUUACUAUGAAUAAUUUUCAGUUUUAUCUUAAUAGAAUAAAAAAAAUACUACAAUAUUACAUAAUUGUGUAUUAAACUGUUGUUUUUGAAAUUUCAAGAAGUAUGUAAUUGAUAGAUCGCACAGGGUUUCGUCAGUAAACAGUAGAUCUUAGAUUUUGUCAACUCGAUCACUCUUGAUAUAUAUGAUCUUAUGUUCUAAGACUUAACGAAUUUUAUUGUGUCAAUAAAUAUAUACUAUAUAAAGUUUGUGAAGCCUAUAUAUAUUUUUAUUAUUUAGCUGUAAACUUAUAUUCAAAUUGUUUUAAAAACGAUAACUCAAUACAUUUUUACCACACAUACCUACCUUUUCAUGCAUUUCUUAUAGAUAAUAGCAGGACAAAAAAUAAUACCAAACAAGGUUACGAUAGUAAUCUACAGCGACCAAGUCUGCUUGUUUUAUAAUGUCAUUUAAUCGUUUUAGAAGAAUAAAUACAUUUCUUUAUGAUUGAUUUAUGAUUAGAUAACACCUAUAGACACAAAAAAAAAAUUAGAUAGGCCAUUAGUUUGAAUGAUUUUCAAAAUUAUUUUAUAAAAAAUGGAGAUAAAAUAUAUUUUAUUUUACAAAAAUAAAAAUCUUUACAAAGACUGAUAGAUUUACGAUGUGAUUUCUAUUGUUAUAUACCUUAGUAUCACUAUUAAUUUAUCAUAAUACUUUCUUAUUACCUAUGGAAAAACUCAGAAAUUCGUUGUGCGAAUAACUUAAUUUUACAAGCAAAGCAAGUAAAUACUUAUUUAAAUAGGUAUUAAAUUACCUGGCUAUCAAAUUAUAAAUGCAUAUUUUUUAUUUGUUCUCAUCGCUUAAAAUUAGAGGAAUAAAACAAAUAUGACAGUUUAAAAUUACAGUUAAUCAUGGAUAGAAGCCGAUAUCUAUUAUAUCAAUAAUAUAUUCAAUAAAAUGUUCUGUAUAUCAUAAUGAAAUUUUUUGUACAUCAAAAUUAUUCGGCGAUAUGAGAUAUCAAACAUAUAUAAUCGUAAGACAGUUGUGCAAAAGUCUUGAAACUGUCCUAAAUAAGCGAGUAGAAAGAUCUCAGACCUUAUGUUCCGUUUAUUCAAGAAACGAUAGCGGCUAUUCUAACAUAAAAUUACCUCCUUCUGCGACACUCCUACAAAAUGACAGGCAAGCGACUGUUGUGCUUCUUGGUACUGUCCACUUUAGCAAACAGUCAGUGGAAGAUGUUUCUCAGAUAGUUAAGGUGUUGAAUCCAAAUGCUAUCUUAGUGGAAUUAUGUCGCCAAAGAGUAUCGUUACUUGAGCUGGAUGACAAAAAGUUUCUAGAAGACGUGAAAAAUUUUGAUUCUAGGAAAAUGAAACAAGUGGUAAGAGGCCAAAAUUUUGUGUCUGGUAUGUUGCAUGCCAUGCUGUUGAAAACAUAUGCAGACAUUGCUAAAGAGUUGGGAGUCGCGCCAGGAGGUGAAUUUCGAAGAGCAUAUCAUGAGAUGAAAAAGAUUCCUGACUGCAAGUUAUUUCUUGGCGAUCGACCUAUUCAAAUUACAAUUGCUAGAGCUUUUCAGUCAUUGAGCGUUUACGAAUUGGGUCAAGUGCUCUAUCAUCUUACCACUUCAAAUCCUAAACCAUUGGAUAAAUUUCAACUAGAACGAUACAAAGAUAAAGAUUUUGUACAUGCGCAAUUCGAGGAAAUCACUAAAGAUGUACCAGCAUUUAAAAAAAUAUUCCAUGUAUUUGUCGACGAACGUGAUAAGUGUCUUGCGUAUUCGUUGCAAGAAUGUGUGCGUACUGUAGCCGACAAUCCGCGUGUUCUGGCUGUAGUGGGAAUGGGUCAUGUAGAUGGUAUAGUAAAAUACUAUGGAAAAAUGAGACAAGAAGAUAUUGUACCUUUAUUAUUUGUUCCCCCUCCGCCAUAUUAUACAGUGCUGCUCAAAAAGGGAUUAAAAUUCACAUUUUAUUUUUUAGUAUUUUCUUUUUUUUACAAACUUUUGUUUGGUUAAGUCAAUAAUUUAAAAUAUACCGUCUAAAAAAUUUAAAGCAUUUUAUUUAUUAGAAUCGGGAUCUUUUUAUUAGAAUUAGGUCAUACCACGGGGGUAAACAAUACCUUUCCAUACCUCGAUUGUAGUUGGCAUUCUUUUAUAAGUAGUUUCAUGGCCGCAUCGCUAUGGAAGACGUAAUUAUAUUGGAAGAAGAAAUCGACGAAGGAAGUUCAUUAGCUCAUAUUACGGGUCUCAAUUAGUAUCAGUUUACCAUGUUUAUUUAUUGCACCAUUUAUAUAAUAGUAAAUAUAUUUAAUUGUAAUGAGAAAUGAUAUAAAAGGUGAUCUUAUCGCUAAGCAAUCUUUUCCAGACAACUUUUGGGUAGAGGACAUUGAGAAAAAGAAAAAAGCAAUACAUAUUAUGUCUACUUACAUACAAUUUUUUUUUUAAAUAUGUUCCACCCAUCACACAUCUAUGCAAUUAUUACGUAUUAUAGUUACAUAUGUACUCAAUAUAUGUAUUUUUUUUUGGUCGGUGUACCUCAACAUACGACAUAGCCAUUAAA